UCUGGGUCCAGCAGCCCAGCCGGGCGCGCGGUGGAGUGCCGGGGUGCGGCUGGGCUGGUGGAGCCGUGGCCCAGCCGGGAUGGCGACGCCGAUCGCUCUGCGCCGGGGAGCCGGCGCUACCGGCCGGCGCUGGUUGGUGCUGCUGCCGCCCCUGCUGCUGGCGGUGCUGCUGCCGCGGCCCGCGGCGGCCCUGGUGGAAGGGCUCUACUGCGGCACGCGGGACUGCUACGAGGUGCUGGGGGUGAGCCGCACGGCGGGCAAGGCGGAGAUCGCGCGGGCCUACCGCCAGCUGGCUCGGCGCUACCACCCCGACCGCUACCGGCCCGAGCCCGGCGACGAGGGCCCCGGACGGACGCCGGAGAGCGCGGAGGAGGCCUUCCUGCUGGUGGCCACCGCCUACGAGACUCUUAAGGAUGAAGAAACACGAAAAGAUUAUGAUUACAUGCUGGAUCACCCAGAAGAGUACUACAGCCAUUACUACCACUACUACAGCAGGCGCUUAGCCCCUAAAGUGGAUGUGAGAGUUGUGAUCUUGGUCAGUGUGUGCGCUAUUUCAGUGUUCCAGUUUUUCAGCUGGUGGAACAGCUACAACAAGGCAAUCAGCUACCUGGCCACAGUGCCCAAGUACCGUAUCCAAGCCAUGGAGAUUGCCAAGCAGCAGGGAUUGCUGAGAAAAGCCAAAGAGAAGGGCAGAAACAAAAAGUCCAAAGAGGAAAUUCGUGACGAGGAGGAGAACAUCAUAAAGAACAUUAUAAAAAGUAAAAUAGAUAUAAAGGGAGGCUAUCAGAAACCCCAGUUCCGUGACCUUCUCCUGUUUCAAAUUCUCUUAGCUCCCUUUCACCUGUGCUCAUAUAUAGUCUGGUAUUGCCGGUGGAUCUAUAAUUUUAACAUCAAAGGCAAAGAAUAUGGGGAAGAAGAAAGACUAUAUAUCAUACGUAAAUCUAUGAAGAUGUCAAAGUCUCAGUUUGAUAGUCUAGAAGAUCAUCAGAAAGAAACUUUUCUUAAACGGGAGCUUUGGAUAAAGGAGAAUUAUGAGGUCUACAAACAGGAACAAGAAGAGGAACUAAAGAAAAGACUGGCAAAUGACCCUAGAUGGAAGAGAUAUAGGAGGUGGAUGAAGAAUGAAGGGCCCGGACGGCUAAUGUUUGUGGAUGACUGAAGAUUGCUGGAAUGCUACUUACUAUGCCAAACCUUAAUUGUGAUGCUAUUUUCAUAACUGAAUUAUUUUAGAAAUGUACUGACUGUUCCUCAGCAGUAACUAAAAUUCCUCAAGUAUUUGAUUAAACAGAAUAAUGCAGAAAUUUAAACUUUCCCUUCAAACUUUAUACAUAAGACAUUUAUGAUUGUUCAAUUUUUAUAAUCAAUUUGUGGAUUUUGUUAAAAGAUUUGACAUGAAGAUUUAUUA